AAUUAAGAAGAUCAGGGCUUUAGAAAGGAAAAAAAAGCGGUGGGGAGAGAAAGCUUUAUCACAUGCAGUCUGUCAAACUUGCAGCAUGUUGUAAAGAAAGAUUUCCAGAACUUUUAACUGUUGCUGCUGUGAAGGAGUUCUGUGCCUGUUUCGCUCAUGUCUUUUGUGUGUCUGGGAAUCUGCAUUGGGGGAGGGAAGCGACCAGAGUUGAUGGUGGCGGGGUAAACAGGUGGGGGGAAGAUACGGGCAAAACAAAGAGGGACUAUUCUCCCCUCCCCUUCUGCUUUCUUGUCUCCACUUUCUACUUCUAGAUAAGAUCUACCUCACUGACAACCAUAUCAGAGGAAGGUUUACUUCAUGAUUCUUCCACGUGGAGGUUGGGAGAAAAGAACAGCAUCCAUAUAUCUUCAAGUUCAUCUAUAGGAAGAAGAAAAAACUGACCACUAUUCAGAAUUGGAAGGUUGCUACUGCCAGGUAUCCAUUUGGUAUGAACACUUCAUCUUUUUCUCAUCUUGGCAGGAUCAGGACAGAUCGUUUGAUUGAAAGGGAAUAUUAAGAUGGAGCAUUCAUCCAAAGAAAACACUCAGAUCUUCUUGAAAAACAUUGUCCUCUCCAUUGACAGAUCAUCUUCAAAAUCAGAAUUCUCAGCUUCAAAAGAGAAAGGAACAUUCUGCGGAGGAAUAAAGAUUUUUCUUAGUGCAUUAUCAUUUGUUUACUUUGCAAAAGCUCUGUCGGGAAGCUACCUGAAAAGUACCAUUACCCAAAUAGAAAGAAGAUUUGAUCUCCCUUCUUCUCUGGUUGGCCUAAUAGACGGGAGCUUUGAAAUUGGGAACCUUUUGAUAAUAACUCUUGUAAGUUAUUUUGGAGCCAAACUUCACAGGCCAAAGAUCAUUGGAGCUGGUUGCCUAAUCAUGUCAGUUGGAACAUUUCUGAUAGCAAUGCCACACUUCUUUAUGGGGCACUACCAGUAUGAGAUAUUUUCUUCCUCCUCCUCCUCCAAUUCAACUGUCAGGAUCUCCCCAUGUCUGCAGGAUCAAAACCAAAUACCAGUCUCAGUCCUUGAAAGAUCUCAGGCAAAAAUGCAUGCAGGGUGUGACAAGGAAGCUGGAACUUCCAUGUGGAUUUAUGUUUUGUUGGGCAAUCUACUGCGUGGAAUUGGGGAAACACCAAUUCAGCCUUUGGGAAUUGCGUACAUCGAUGACUAUGCCACAGAAGAGAGUGCAGCUUUUUACAUUGGGUGUGUGCAUACGGUUGCAAUUAUAGGGCCCAUAUUUGGCUUUCUUCUGGGGUCUUUGUGUGCUGAGCUAUACGUAGAUAUUGGCUUUGUAGACAUGGAAAGCAUAAUCAUAACUCACAAGGACUCCCAGUGGGUAGGAGCUUGGUGGCUUGGCUAUUUGAUAGCAGGGACAGUCAGCAUCUUUGCUGCUAUUCCUUUCUGGUUUUUGCCAAAGCAUCUCCCAAGACCUGAGAACCGAAAGGAUUCCAGCACUUCCUCGGAGCAGUCCAAGUUCAUUGCAGAAGAUAACAAAGAGCAUCAGAUCAUCUACCAAGAGCAAGUCAAGAUUCUUGAGAUGGCUAAAGAUUUUCUGCCUUCAUUGAAGAGCCUCUUUGGGAAUCCAGUUUACUUCUUGUAUCUCUGCUCCAGCAUCAUCCAGCUCAAUUCUCUCAUUGGCAUGGUGACCUACAAGCCAAAAUACAUCGAGCAGCAGUUUGGGCAAUCUUCUUCAAAGACAAACUUUAUCAUAGGUCUCAUCAACAUUCCUGCCGUGGCUCUUGGAAUAUUCUCAGGAGGACUUAUCAUGAAGAAAUUCAGACUCAACAUCUUGGGGGCAGCCAGACUGUCCUUGGGAUCAUCUUUCUUUGGUUACCUGCUGCUCCUUUCGCUCUUUGCCAUGGGGUGCAAGAAUGCUGAUGUGGCAGGUCUGACAGUUUCCUAUCAAGGCCAUAAACAAGUCUCUCACAAUGAACAAACUCUGUUUUCUGAGUGCAACUCGGGAUGCGUGUGCUCCAAAAAUGAAUGGGAUCCCAUCUGUGGUGAAAAUGGAAUCACCUACAUCUCAGCUUGUCUUGCUGGGUGCAGAAUGGCCAAUGGAAGUGGGAAAAACACUAUAUUUUAUAACUGCAGCUGUGUGGAAAUUGCGGAAUGGCCAUCAAGCUAUUCAUCAGCUGUAGUGGGACCAUGUCAAAAAGGAAGUGAAUGUCCAAAAAUGUUUCUCUAUUUUCUGGUAAUAUCAGUCAUCACAUCAUAUACAUUGUCAAUUGGAGGCACCCCUGGAUACAUUUUGCUUCUAAGAUGUAUAAACCCACAACUCAAAUCAUUUGCACUGGGUAUCUAUACUUUAGCCAUACGAGUUCUUGCAGGAAUCCCAGCUCCAGUGUACUUUGGAGUAUCAAUAGACACAACUUGUCUCAAAUGGGGAAACAAAAGGUGUGGAGGUCAAGGAUCUUGUAGACUGUAUGAUUCUAAUGCCUUUAGGUAUAUCUAUCUGGGUCUAACUGUCGUCUUGGGCAGCAUGUCUACUUUCCUAAGCAUUGCUGUCCUGGUUGUUUUAAAGAGGAGGUGCAUUCCACACAACGAAACCAUUGCAACCAGCGAAGAGAUGGAAUCUACUCCUGCUAAAAACAGGAAGAGCAACUUUGUCAAUAGUGACCACUUGAUUCAGACAACCUACUGGCCAGAGAAAGAAACCCGGCUUUAAAAAGACUUGGUGCAUUGCUGGUUUUGUUCUGUGGGGGCAAAUUUUGACCUAAACUCUGUUAUAUGUCAAUGUGUUUGGGUAGGAGGGGACGAAUGCGAGUUUGAUAUUUAUAAAAUGCCUUUUUAGAACGUGUAGAUGUCUGUAUAUUUUGCAUAUGCCUUUAUAAAAAUAUACACAGCAAAACAAACUCCCUUCUCCUUGUCUAAUAUAUAUAUCUAUAUCUGACUUGGCCUGUAAAGGCAUGGAGUUUUUGAAAUGCAAGAAAGAAUACCCCAGCAGCUUUUGAGAGAAUUUUUCACCUGGAAUGAAAGUUGUGGUUGAUUCCCAUUUUGAGGCAGAGUCGUCCACACAAUUGUCCCACUGAACACAAUGGGGAUUGCUUUCAAGUAAAUGUGCAUAGCAUUGGACUGUGAGCGAGAUAAAAGAGUGUAUCUAUGUCUGUUGGAAGAAUUUGUGAAUGAUGGCUGUUUUGCCACUGAAAUGAGCCUCCUUCGGAUUGGGGAAUAUUCUGCUGCUUGCUAACAAGCUGUUGUAUAAUGUGCUGUGUGUACAUACAGUACUCUAAAUGGCAUUCUGUACCAAGCUAACCUAGAUUCUGCUCUAAAAAAAAAAAAGCUGAAUUUUGCAGCUGACCUAAUUAUGGGCAAAUGGGCAAAAAUCUGGGUAUCUUGUAUAUAUUUGUCUAGACCUCUGCAUGUUUACUUAGAAGCCAGUCCCUUGGAGUUCAAUGGGGUAAGUAUGUGUGGGGCUGCAGCCUUGGUCAUUGGGCAGCAGCUAUGCAGGGCAUUAACACCCUGACCCCUGACUAGUUGGCUCUCUGGCUUUUGAAAUGUUAUUGGGCCUAGCCCACAUAACUUUUUGUGGCCUUGAGGACUAGAAUCCUACUUGUUUUAUUGUUGUUUUUAGUAACAUGAGAUUUUCAAGACACACAAUUUUGCCCCUAUUUCCAGGGUCUACUCUUAAGACGCAUACUGCAGAAUAUAUAUACAUACUUGACUGUGUGUUGUGUAUCUGAACCUUGACCACUGAUUCAGGCUCCAGGCAAGUGGUGGGUAAUUCUAGAGCUUUAUUAAAUGGGGUAAUAUACAGCUCCCUGGCAGGGCUCUUAACACAGGCUUGCAGCAGGUUUCUCUUGCCAAAGGGAAAGGGGAGUGGAAUCUGGAGACUGGGUUAUACUUAUGAGGGCAGUGCACAGCUAACUCAUUGUGCCCAGUUACAACAUACGGACCAUCCCCUUCCAUCUCUCUUUUCUUUCUACGUGGUGUAUAGAAAUGAUAUUGUAAUAAGAACAAGUGAUUUUGAAAAGUCCCUAUAGAAACCAAUUAAAAUA